UGAAGUUUCAGUGGCUGGCUGUGCUUUUCUGACGCUGUAUGUUUUUAGGUUUGUUUUCUUCGAUUUUUAGUAUUGGUGACGUUCAACCAUACCAUUCGGAACCAUAAAUUGGAGUUCUAAAGAUGAAUUCCUGCGUCGACCUAUCCAGGCGCAAUCCGCAGGAGGAUUUCGAGCUAAUUCAGCGGAUAGGAAGCGGGACAUACGGAGAUGUCUACAAGGCCCGUAAUGUCAACACUGGGGAGUUGGCUGCCAUUAAAGUCAUUAAGCUGGAACCUGGUGAGGACUUUGAGGUGGUGCAGCAGGAGAUCAUCAUGAUGAAGGACUGCAAACACUCCAACAUUGUGGCCUACUUCGGUAGCUAUCUCAGGAGAGAUAAAUUAUGGAUCAGCAUGGAGUACUGCGGAGGAGGAUCUCUGCAGGAUAUUUAUCAUGUGACUGGGCCUCUGUCUGAGUCUCAGAUUGCGUAUAUGUCACGGGAAACCCUUCAGGGUUUGUACUAUCUCCACAACAAAGGCAAAAUGCACAGAGACAUUAAGGGAGCAAAUAUUCUAUUGACAGACAACGGCUAUGUGAAACUAGCUGACUUUGGUGUAUCAGCACAGAUCACUGCCACGCUGGCUAAGAGGAAGUCCUUCAUUGGAACACCAUACUGGAUGGCUCCAGAGGUGGCAGCCGUGGAGAGGAAGGGGGGCUACAACCAGUUGUGUGAUAUCUGGGCCGUGGGCAUCACAGCUAUCGAGCUUGCCGAGCUGCAGCCUCCCAUGUUCGACCUGCACCCUAUGAGGGCCCUUUUCUUGAUGACAAAGAGUAAUUUCCAGCCACCCAAAUUGAAAGACAAAGUGAAAUGGGGAAAUAAUUUCCAUCAUUUUGUCAAAUUGUCCCUGACAAAAAAUACCAAGAAGAGGCCAACAGCAGAGAAACUAUUACAGCACCCGUUUGUGUCACAGCCUCUCAGUCGAACCCUGGCCAUCGAACUGCUGGACAAAUCCAACAACCCAGACCACACCACAUACAACGACUUUGACGAUGAUGACCCAGAACCAGAGUCUCCAGUGUCUGUUCCCCAUCGGAUUCGCUCCACCAGCAGGAGCACCAGGGAAGGGAAGACGCUGUCUGAGAUCAACUUUGGCCAGGUGAAGUUUGACCCUCCGCUGAGGAAGGAGACAGAGCCCCAUCAUGAGCCGGACCUUCAACUGGAGUAUGGACAGGAAUCUCCAAGCCUAAUGGGACGAAACAAGAGUCUUCUCAAAUCAGUGGAGGAGGAGCUUAAGCAGAGGGGUCACAUGACACAUUUAGAGCCCGAUGAUGAUGGUGGUGAUGGUGAUGAAACUCAACACAAACACAGUACCAUCAUGAGGCCCAAAGUCCCACCCCCACUGCCCCCCAAGCCCAAGUCCAUCUGUCUGCCCCAGGAGAGCCCGUCCCAGGGAGAUGAUGAUGGAGGGGGGACCAUCAAGCGCUGCCCCGUACCCGAGAGCCCUGCCCGAACCUCCUCCUCAAAUGUACCCCCACGCCCUCCACCUCCACGCCUGCCCCCCCACAGACGCAGUAGCCUAGGUAAUGGAUUGAACUCUCACCAGAAUGGAGAGAAGGACAGUGCUACUGAGAGGCAGUCCACCAUGCCCCCUAGUGUCCCCAUACGGAAAGACAAGAAGGACAUUACAAAGCCUAUCAGUAAUGGCCUCCCACCCACACCCAAGGUCCAUAUGGGGGCCUGUUUCUCCAAGGUGUUCAACGGCUGCCCGCUGAAAAUACACUGUGCCACGUCCUGGAUCAACCCAGACACCAGAGACCAAUAUUUGAUAUUUGGUGCCGAGGAGGGAAUCUACACUUUAAACCUGAACGAACUACACGAGACGUCCAUGGAGCAGCUCUUUCCCCGCCGGUGCACUUGGCUUUAUGUUAUGAACAACUGCCUGCUCUCUAUAUCUGGAAAAGCCUCCCAGCUCUACUCUCAUAACGUAGCUGGUCUAUUUGAGCAUGCCCGGCAAAUGCAGAAGUUACCCAUGGCCAUUCCCACACACAAACUCCCAGACAAAAUGAUUCCAAGGAAAUUUGCCAUAUCCAAUAAGAUUCCCGACACAAAAGGGUGCCAAAAGUGCUGCGUGGUGAGAAAUCCCUACACGGGUCACAAGUACCUGUGUGGCGCAUUCCAGUCCAGUGUGGUUCUGCUGGAGUGGGUGGAGCCCAUGCAGAAGUUUAUGCUCAUCAAGAACAUCGACUUCCCCCUGCCCUGUCCCCUGGAGGUGUUUGAGAUGCUGGUGGUGCCGGAUCAGCAGUACCCGCUCAUCUGUGUGGCUGUCAGCAAGGGCAUGGAGCUCAGUCAAGUGGUCCGCUUCGGCACCGUCAACCCCAACUCAACCUCCUCCUGGUUCACAGAGGCCGAUACGCCCCAGACUUGUGUCAUCCACGUCACCCAGUUGGAGAGGGACACCAUCUUAGUUUGUCUGGACAGGUGUAUAAAGAUAGUGAACCUACAAGGAAGGUUGAAGUCAAGCAGGAAGUUGUCUGCUGAGCUGACGUUUAACUUCCAGAUCGAGGCGAUAGUGUGUCUCCAAGAUAGCGUUCUGGCAUUUUGGAGGCAUGGCAUGCAAGGGCGGAGUUUCAAGACCAAUGAGAUCACCCAGGAGAUCUCUGAUAACACGCGGAUCUUCAGCCUGCUUGGAUCUGACAGAGUGGUGGUGCUGGAAAGCAGGCCGACAGACAACCCCACAGCAGCCAGCAACCUCUACAUCCUGGCUGGACACGAGAACAGCUACUGAUCACAGCAUCCUGGGAACACAAGACACUACAGACAGACUACUGCUUUAGCUUCACAGGAGACCGAUCCUUCAAGGGUCCACUUCCAACUUGCCUCUUACUUCCUUUUAACACCUAUAUUUAUUGUGGCAUGUAACAAAGAACUGGAUGACUUCUAUAUGAUUUCAUUUUAAAAUGAAGUGUUGCCACCACUGCUAGCAUCUUAGCCCAUACCACACAAGUGCUUAAUUGACCUCUAUUUAAUUGUAAAUAUAAAUGUAGUAUUUUUUCCGCAGAAAGGACCCUGGCUACUCCGGGGUUGUAAAACUAAAGACUGGUCAUGUAGAUAGGUGUUCUAUACCGGUAUGGAGACUGUAAAGAUUUAAAGGGGUGGUUCAGGGGGUCAGUUUGAGCACUAAAAAUGACUUCUUGUUCUCUGAUCAUGUGAUGAGGGACAGGAUUGUAACCCCUCUGAAGUCUGAGCAACAAGGAAGUACCACUUACUGGUAAUGUCAUUCUGCACGCAUCGUCAUCCCAAAUGUGGGAACUCCCUUUGUAGUUUGAGAAAUAUCUAAUGGGAGAUCAACCAUUUCAUUCUUAGCUUCCAUUUAUAACUCUAUGAGAUGAACAUUUCAAACUGUUUUAAUUGCAGGCUUACUUGCCAGCUAAGUUGUAUGCUUUUUUUAAUACUGUGGAAUCACUGGUGUUAAAAUUUGCACAAAAAAGUAUUUGAAAAAAAAAAAAGUGACGUCGUAUGUAAUUGUAUAUGUGCGUGUAAACUUUAAGUAUACAUACAUAUGUUCUCACAAGCUGUGACACAAGGGUUGCAUUAGCAUAGGUCGAAUUAUUAUGGAACGCUCACUGAACAUUACUGAAAUACUGUAAUGAGACCGUGGAGGGAGAAAUGUCAAAGGUCAAACUUAAACGGACUCCAGCGGUACGGUUUUGAUCACCACAGUUUCAUCAUGUAAUUCUCAAUGGUAAUAUCGAUCAUAUACACUAUAGUCAAAUGGACAAAACACAUUCCUUACUGUUGGACUCAGUGAAGAUGUCAAAAUAAUAUGAAUGUUACAUUUUUUUUAAUGUAAUGCCAAAAUGUGUUCUCGAUUUAUGGCCAAAAUUAGUGCGGUGUCUCUACCUCGUGCAGUGUUGAACAAAAGGAAACGAGUUGUGUAGAAGAAAAAGUCAGUAAAAACACUACAAGAUUCAUGUUGGUUUUAAUUUACACAGUAGAAAUGUGUAAUGAUUAUGGACAAACUAACUUCCUUUCUGGCGCAUUACCAUUUUCAUAUUGCAAUGCACAUUAUAUGUAUAUAGUGUAAAAUAAAAUCUGUUGGUUUUACAUACUGUAUAAUUGCCUAUAUUUUGUUUCAAAUGUGUAACAGAUUUAUGAAACAAGUUAACACAUUAAAAGAAGGAACUGAAGCUUGUGUGUCUGUUUGUCGUAGAGAAAUAUUGAUUGAAAUGCAAAAUAAAUGUUGAAUAAGUUUCA